GCAGAUUUAUUUCAUCAACUCAUAGCAGAGGCUUGGCAAGUAUCUAAUUGAAUAAGAUGCUGCUGAAGUCUCUAUGGAUGACUGUGAAUUAGAUUUGUUAUUAAAAGAGUUGGAGGCUGACUAUACGGAUGCUCUUAAAUAUGUUGAUCGUGAAUUGGAAAAAAAGACCACCACAAUGGUAGUUGAUGAUUAUGAGCGAUUGCAGAAAAUCGGUCAAGGAACAUUUGGUGAAGUGUUCAAAGUUCGUCAUAGAGUUACUAAACAACAUUAUGCUUUAAAACGACUUAAAACAGAACAAGAAACAGAGGGUUUUCCAGUUACUGCUCUGCGUGAAAUUAGAAUACUUAGCUCACUUUCUCAUGAAAAUGUUGUGCGAUUACGAGGUGUUUGCCAUAAAAAAGCUGCCCCUUCUAGCAACUAUAGAUAUGAAUUUUAUCUUCUUUUCGAUAUUUGUGAGCAUGAUCUUGCAGGUCUAUUGGCUCAAAAAGUCGAGUUCAGUCUUCCAGUGAAGAAAAGCAUAAUGCAACAGUUGCUAACGGGACUUUACUUUUUACAUAAGAAUAAUGUUCUUCAUCGUGAUUUAAAGACAUCUAACAUACUAAUUGAUCGUGAAGGAGUUUUAAAAAUAGCCGAUUUUGGUUUAGCAAGACUUACUGUCACUUCUAUUCGACCUGAUCGUGCUUCACGUUAUACUGGUCGUGUAGUAACUUUAUGGUAUCGACCUCCAGAAAUAUUGCUCAAUGAUCGUUAUUAUGGAAGACCGGUAGAUUUAUGGGGUGCCGGUUGUAUUAUGGCUGAGCUCUGGACAAAUUAUCCAAUUAUGCAGGGUGAAAAUGAACUGCUUCAACUCAAUCUAAUCAUUCAACUUUGUGGUUCUAUUACACCAGAAGUUUGGCCAGCUGUUCAAAAUUUAGAAACUUAUCAAAAAAUCAAAUUACCAAAAGAUGUAAAACGUCAUGUUAAAGAAAAAUUAACACCACAAAUUCCAUGUUCAUCAGCAGUUGAUCUAAUUGAUAAAUUGCUUGUUUUAGAUCCAACUAAACGUUUAGAUGCUGAUCAAGCUUUAUCACAUGAUUUUUUCCAUGAAGAUCCAUUACCGGGUGAUUUAAGUUGUCUUUCAAAAAGUGGUGUAUCAUUUUUAGAAUAUUUAGGACAAGCUAAUAGAGCUAGACGUGGAUUAGCCAAUAAUUAUCGUCAUGUUGCAAAUCCUAAUUUCCCAGCUAGACGUGGUCCACCAAAUGCUAUGGUACCGGGACCUGUGCCAAAUCAACAAAUUAUCAACCAAUCAUAUCAACGAUAUCGUGGUCUUCCACCACCGGAUCAAGAUUCAUCUAAUAUUAAUGAUCGUAUAUUUUAGUCAGGGCGAGGGGAAAGAGAGGAGAAUUCAAUGUUUCAUUCAUUAUAUAAAUUCAUGUAUAUUGCAUUUUUACAACAACAAAACAUCCAUUUAAAUCAGCCUUCACAAGCAGUAAGUAUAUUGUGAUAACUACAAAAAUAACACACAACACACACAUACAGACUAUAUUUCAACUCUUAAGAUUUUGUAUUUUUCUAGUCUUAUUGUAAAUCAUAUACAGGGAAUAUUUAUGAUGCUAAUUGAGCGACUGAAUGCAUUUCUCUGGGUUUUUUUUUCUCUCUCUGUAAUUUAAUCUUUGCUAGUCUGCUGAAGAAAUUCUUUUUUUUUUCCGUAUAA